CAAGUAAAAUAAUAAAAGCAAACAGCAAGAAAAAUAAAAAAGAAACAAACCAAACGUCCAAAACCAUAAAUGCGCACAUAAAAACGUUCUAAAAAACCACAAAAGCCAAAAACAAAACCCACUCUUCAAACAAAAAAGAGAGCACCCACAAAUACCAGCCAAAAAUAGCUUCAUUCUCCUUGUAAAAGACGAUUCAGAUUUGAGAGGAAAACCCAAGUACUUUGAAACCAGUCAUGGAGAUUCAGAGAACUUUCUCUACUACAAAGCAAACUAUGACAGUCUUUGAUUCGUCUGCAUCCAGCUCCUCCAAUCCCUUUCCAUAGACCGCGUUACUGAAGCCGAAACUCCAUCAACCCCAAACCCAGAUCUUUGGCUUCUUCGCCUUUCCACUGCCAGGGUAUAGGCUGCAUCAUUAACAGAACGAGGAAUAAAAAGCUUUUUGAUAACUGUCAAAGAAUCCCCUUCUACGACCGGGCACCGAAAACCCAUCAUUCGCGCGAACAAUAAUGACCUUUCACAUGCCCGUGCUUCAGCAAUGAACGCAUCAGCAACAUCCUCUAUCAAAUAAGUUUCGGCUCCUCUAAUUUCACCUCUAGAAUCUCUGGCUAAAACUGCUAUUGUAGAAGUUCUAGAAUCUCUUUGAAAGGUAGCGUCAAAAUUAAUCUUGAUGAAACCCAAAACUGGAGGCCUCCAAUACCCUUUUAUCAGAAAACCAUCAGAACCACCGAGUUUCUCUUUGCAAAGAUUUACUUCCUAAACGUAACCACGAAUGAACCCAAGCACUUCCUGCAGAGAAAAUUUGGCACCUUCAUGAAUCAAUUGAUUUCUCCUAUACCACAUGGUCCAAAUAGAAAUUGCAAUAAUUUGUUUGCUUUGAUCAUCCGCUGCAAUAAAAGUUUUGACAAAGUGAAUCUUGUAGUUGGAAGUGUUAUCAACAGGAGCAGUUUUAAUUUGAAAGGAAGCCCAUACACCCUGAAGAAGACUACGAGACCACAACAGAUGAUUCGUGUCUUUUGACGCUUCCUUGCAAAGAGGACAGACAGAAUUAUUCCUCAACUUUCUUAACAAUAAAUUACCGUAGUAAGGCAAAUAAUUGUUAAGUAAUCUCCAGAUAUGUAUUUUAAUUUUCUCCGGGAUGUUAAUAGACCACAAAAACUUUUAAAAAAUCUUGUAGAUAUCAGCAGUAGAGUUGAUGUAGUUGAUGUUCUGUAAGUAGUCAGUAGCAAGAACUCUAUAACCACUUUUCACCGAAUACUCUCCAGACCCCUCAUACUUCCACACCAGCAAAUCCUCCGUUGAAGUCUCAAAAAUCGGGAUGGAAAUAAUACGUUGUGCCUGAUCUUUAUUCACAAGGCUAUAAAUAAGUCCCUUAUUCCAGGCAACCAAGGAUCAUUCCAAAUGUUUACCAUAACACCAUUGCCGAUUCUCCACAAAAGUCUAUCAGCAAUCAAAUCACAAGCGUUGCAAAUGUUCUGCUUAGUAAACGAAGGAAUGAGAAGAUGGUUAUUGAAAAACCAAUGAGUACCCGAGAUCACUAUUUGCAUAUCAAUCUCAUGGAAAAACUGAAAAAGAUACCUCUUAUCACCUAGAUUUGAUAUACAUAUCCCUCCAAUUGGAUGCCAUAAAUCAACCAUAGUGUUGCGUAGAGAAGGGAAGUGGACAACACUAUCAGUGAGACAAUGUCCCACUAAACAAAUCCGAUAGUCCUGAUCUCCUACCGUCGCUUCCUCCUGGAACGCCUCCUCUUUCUCAUCACGAAGCCUCAGAUUGGCUAGAUCAUCCUCCAUAUCAAGACCACACUCAAGAAGAACAGAAAAACACCGUAAGGAUACAAUGAAAAAGAGAAAGAAUAAAGAAAAAAACAACUUUUCCUAUUCAAAUAGCAUGUCAAACGACAGACUGAAACUCGUGUCAAAGAACAGACUUAGAAAAGACUUUUGAUGCUUAUAAUAUAUAUUUAUAUGAUAUCAAGGGAAAUUUUUUAAUUUUUUGGGGCCAUCAGAUUAAAUUUACCUUUUUGGGGGCCUUAUAUAUAAAGAGAAAAUUUUAAAAUUUUUGGGGCCAUAAAUUAAAUUGUCGAAAAUUUUGGGGCCAAGGACGCCUGGCUCAUUCUUUGUAACUUCUGCCACUGUUAGUCCCACACAUUCUUCUGGGCUUCCCAAAUUCAGUUUUGAGUUGGGAAAAAUUAUCUUCAACGGCAAUGGAGGGAGAGAAGGAAAAGGGGAGGAAGAAAAGAAUCGCUGUUUUCAUGGCUUUCGGCACCAAAGGCGACGUCUAUCCUAUUGCUGCCAUUGCUGCAGCUUUCGCUACGGACCAGAAUGGUUACGACGUUGCUUUUAUCACUCAUUCGGCACAUCAGAAUCUAAGUCCACAUUUGGCAAAAAAGAAAAUAAUUUUUGUUCCAAUUUUUUCGCCACCUGUUCUUUCAAGUAAUGGGACUGAUGAUAAGACAGGUUCACCGGGAUUAGAAUUUUCAGAGCAGAAAAAGAUUAUUGCAAAAGAACAAAGAAAAGAAUGCUGUUUGGCAGUUGAAAGGCUAUUCGGUGAUGAUCCAUGCUUGGAGGGUGAUUUUAUUGGGAUAAAUUUCUUUGCUUUGGAAGGCUGGAGCCUUGCAGAACUUUUCCAUGUCCGUUGUAUUGUUCUUGCUCCUUAUGUUGUUCCUUAUAGUGCACCUUCAUUCUUUGAGCAUUACUUCAGAAAAGAACUUCCUCUUUUGUACAAAUAUCUCCAGGAAGCUCCCGCUGAUAAGGUUUGCUGGAAAGAUGUAAUUCAUUGGAUGUGGCCACUUUUUAGUGAUAAUUGGGAAUCUUGGAGAAGUGAGGAUUUGAAUCUGAGUCCUUAUCCUUUUACAGACCCGGUAACAGGUCUUCCUACUUGGCACGAUAGACCACCAUCUCCCCUACUAUUGUAUGGGUUUAGCAAAGAAAUUGUUGAGUGCCCUGAUUAUUGGCCAUCAAAUACUCGGGUUUGUGGUUUUUGGUUCCUCCCUAUUGAGUGGCAGUUUUCCUGUCAGGAAUGUGGACAAAUUUCAACACUGCUUUUCACAGGGCAUCUAAACUCAGAUGACAUGUGUCCAGCUCAUGCUGAGUUACAGUAUUUUCUAAAGACUCCUUUGUCUAGGCCACCUAUUUUCGUAGGGCUAAGUUCUAUUGGAAGUAUGGGGCUUAUGAGGAAUCCUCGAGCAUUUCUUCAGGUCGUCCGAACUGUUCUAGAGGUUAUAUGUCACAGAUUUAUCCUUUUUACAGCUGGCUAUGAACCAUUAGAUGCAGCAGUCCAGGAAAUUGCCCAUGAAGCAUCUUCUAUUUCGAAGCAAAGAUGGUCGGUUCAAAAGGGGUUAUCUCUUUUUGAUAAUCGGCUGUUUUGCUUUUCAGGUAUGAUACCAUAUAAUUGGCUGUUCCCGAGAUGUGUAACUGCAAUUCAUCAUGGAGGGAGUGGAUCCACUGCUGCAGCUCUAUAUGCCGGUAUCCCUCAGAUUAUAUGUCCGUUUGUACUGGAUCAAUUCUACUGGGCAGAAAAAAUGUUUUGGCUUGGAGUUGCUCCAGAACCAUUGAGAAGAAACCAUCUUGUUCCAGAAAAUAUUAGUGAAACAAGUAUCAGGGCCGCAGCAAAUGUACUAUCACAAGCAAUACAUGAUGCAUUAUCUCCUGGAAUCAAAAAACGUGCAUUAGAAAUCGGUAAAAGGAUUUCUCCUGAGGAUGGAGUUUCAGAAGCUGUGAAGAUCCUAAGGGAAGAGAUUGGCCCUGCACUUUAAGAUGAACUGAGAAUGGAUAGUUUGUUGUUGUAUGGUACAUUUUUUUUUUACUCUAGACUUGUUUACUGUAAGUUUUUCCUUCCUACUCUUUUUACUAUAGAAAGAACUUGUUGAAUCAUUUAACUCUAGACAAGUUGCCUCAGUGUACCAAUUUUAAGGAUGAAGUAUGAAAAGGUUAUCGAGUAUUGGGUAA